AUGACUGUGGGAGUGAGUUCUGACCCAACGUUUCUUCUCAGCUCUAUCCUGUCCUUGUCUCUGCUCCUGGUGACUGACAGUGAAGUGAGCCCGACUACGCCCCCACUCAGUUACUGUAGCGAGCCUAAAGACUGCCUGCAGUAUGAGUUGGUGUGCCAGACGGAGGAGUAUGAGGUGCGACACUACCCUUCCACUCGGUGGGUGUCGACUGAUGCUGAAGCUUAUCUCAUGGGCGUUGGAGCAGCAAUGGCCUUCAGACGGCUCUACCAGUACAUCACUGGAACCAACCAAGCUGGUAUUCAAAUGGAGAUGACCGCUCCAGUUCUAGUGGAAGUCCCAGAAGAGACUCACACAUGGGAGCCGGCGCUCUACACACUCAGCUUCCUGCUUCCUUCAGUCUUCCAGCGGGAUCGUCCUCCAGCUCCGACCAACGACAAGCUGUACUUUACAGAGAUGCCUGAGAUGGAUGUGUAUGUGAGGAGUUACGGUGGAUGGAUGCUCUCGGUCUUGUCUCGACUCCACACACACCUGCUAACCAAAGAGCUACAGAGAGUUAAUGCUAACUACAACCGCACACACCACUACUCUGUGGGCUACGACAGUCCUCUGAAACUCUUACACAGACAUAAUGAGGUGUGGUAUGUGGUGAACGGGGAGCCUGUGUGCAACGGGACGAUGCAUAAACCCACUCAGAACACCACCCAUGUCACUCCUCCUCCUCCUCCUCCUCCUGCUACUGCUGUCACUCCUCCUUCUCCUCCUCCUCCUCCUCAAUAAGCAGGAGGCACCAGUGGGACCGGUCAUGUGACUCUGCAUGUGUUUAGCAGACACUCCAAGCAAACACACUGCGAGCUUUUGCAUGAGCAUCGAACUAACAGGGUAAAAUAAACACUCCCUAGCUUGAGCUCAGUGUCUCCGUCAGCUUGUAGAAGAGUUGAUUCCAUGGACUGCAUCUGAUAUCAUUUCAUAAUCUUCAUCCUGCUUUCGCUAAUAAAACUCUACCAUCACAUGUGCUAAUA